AUGAGGGUGUUGACACUCCGUCACACCAUCCCUCCAUCCGAGUACGAGUCGUUCGUGUCGUCUGACGACAUAGUGAAUGUUGCAGUGGUGAUGAAGGACAUGGUGACUGAAGAAAGAGUCCUGGAGACACUGGAGUUCAACAUGACUUCACCAAAGAUAACCAUAGAGGUCGAAGGAGGGGACAGCAUCCAGGUGAGGAUGGAGCACACAGCCCGCGUGUCCUUCACCAACAUAUUUAGCAAGGCUCUGAAUGGAGCUGUGCUCACUGUGGAGGGAUCUGGCCUGUUAAAGGACAAACAGGUAGAGAGACUGACUUGUCUAAAGCCCGGUGAGAAGAUUGAGAAGACAGUGUCCUUCACGGCCAAUUCAACCGGCACCAAAGUGCUGAUGUCCACAUUCUCACACGGCGGAAGCCCCACUGUCGUUUCCAGGGGUUUCCACAAAGUCAAAGUCACGGCUGCAUCAUAAGGAGAAGACAAACAGUAUGUCCUUCCAAACAUGUUAAACCUCCUGACUACAUAAGACCAAUCAAGCCUUUGGGACCAGUGAUAUCUUUACACUUACUAGCCUACAAUGCUUUGUGAUUUUUCUUCUUCUGUGAUUAUUAUCAGCAUUACUGUUUUGGCGUCUCAUGCUCAAAUUGUUGUUCGCUUGAUUGAGCUCGAAGCAUGACACUAUCAGACUCGUACAGAGGUGUGUUUGCAUGUGCCCUAAAUGUACUCGCACCAUCCACUUAUAUAAAAUCCUCUGUCCUACUGAUUAUGAAACGUAUUAAUGUCAAAUGUAAAUGGACAAUCAAGUAUCUAAAUAUUUAAUUCAAGUUGUAUCGGAAGCCCGCGGCCAAGAGAAAAGGAAUUGGGCUUGUAACUUUAGGGUUGCUGGGUAAAAUACCAAGGGUAGUGGUGCCCCUAAGCAAGGCACCCAAUCCCCCAUUGCACCCUGGGUGCAGAUAAGUGCUGUCC